CCCAAACGCAUAUUUAUUACUCACAUCUAACCUCCAGUGGGGUCAAUAUCUUAACCAUCGAUUAGAACCAGGGUUAAAAUACAACUGGUUAAGUUAAGAACCUCAACCACAUAACCCAAUCCCAAACCCAAACCCAAACCCAGAUUUUUAUUAUCAUCACUCAUCAUUCAUCACUCUCAACACCAUCAUCAACAUUCAACAACAACAACACAUUUUUCUUCUUUCCCUCCCUCCACCUCCUUCUUUUAUCUCCCUUUCCCAAAUUAAACUUCUUUUAUAUUAUAAAACAGUGCCACCCAGCACCACACCACCAGCUCCUAACUUCAAUUCAUGCAACUCUGAUAUCUCUCUAUCUUCAUCUCCACAAAAAACCUAACCCUAAAAAGCUAACCUUUUUUAUUUGUUUUUUCUUGUUUCUUUUUAAUUUUCUUAAUUUACUUACCCUAGAUGUUUGAGCCAUGGACAUAACCCCAACAACAACGAUCAGCAACACUCCGAGUGCAACAAAAUCCCCAGAAAAUCAUGAGACUGAAACACCCAGCAGGAUCAACACGCCCACACCCACACCCACACCCCCACGCACAGCAACAACAAAAACCUUGUCUUUCUCCAACGGGGUCCUCAAGCGCCACCACCACCACCACCCCUCCAUUCCCGCCGCCGUCACCUACAAAGAAUGCCUCAAAAACCACGCAGCCAACCUAGGCGGCCACGCCCUCGAUGGCUGCGGCGAGUUCAUGCAGUCCCCCGCCGCUACCGCCGCCGACCCCACCUCCCUAAAAUGCGCCAUCGAGUACCAGCCCCACCACCGGCACCACCCUCCGCCGCCUUUUCAUGCGGCCACCCGCAGCCCGAAUUCGGCCUCCCCGCCGCCGAUCUCCUCCUCCUACUACCCCUCGGCGCCGCACAUGCUCCUGGCCCUCUCCGCCGGCCUUGCCGCUCCGCCCGAGAGCACCGCCGCCCCCUCCCCCCUUGCCUCCCACAGCCGCAAGAGGUUCCGAACCAAGUUCAGCCAGGAGCAGAAAGAGAAGAUGCACAAGUUCGCGGAGAAAGUUGGGUGGAAGAUGCAGAAGCGUGACGAAGAUUUGAUUCACGAUUUUUGCAACGAGGUUGGCGUCGAUAGAAGCGUUCUCAAGGUUUGGAUGCAUAACAACAAAAACUCCCUCGCCAAAAAAGAUACUAAUAUUAAUCCUAUUAAUACUGUUAGUAUUAGUAAUAACGAUAAUGCCAAUGGCUCUGACAAGAGCUUUGAAGUUCCCACCAACAACGAUGCUGUUGCCGUUCCUGAAGAUCGCUCUCAGGAUCCCACUCGGAAUCAUCGCUAUGGUGGAGCCAACGUUGGUGCCAAUGGGUCCUCGUCUUCUUCUUGAUCCUUCCUAGAUUGGAGAGAGAAGAAUAAUGUGUUAGAUAGGUUAAUGAUAAUGAUGCUCUUGGAUAAUUAAUUAGUGCUUUUAUUUCGUUUCUUUUUGGCUUUAAUUGUUUAGUUUCUAUUUUGUUAAUGAGACCAUGAUUACCUUAAUGGGAGAGAAUGAUAUAUAUAUCCGGAAGGGAAUUUAUUUUGCUUUC